AUGGCAGAAAAUGAGAACAAAAGCAGAGUUUUCCUCAGCAUAACUCAAAAAAUGAACAUUGCUGAGGAGUUAGAAAAAGGAUUAUCCGUAAAAACAUUAAGUGGUAGAUAUGGAGUGUCGCGGGAUGUAAUAUACCGUAUCCGUCGCGAUUAUCAUAAAUUAUCAAAUUUUGCAAUUCGGGGUGGGCGCGUUUUGAAACAUAAGAACCGUAGAACAUCUUCGAAUGAAGAUCUAGAAAAUAAAUUAUACACAUGGUUUUUGGAGCAACGAGCAAUGGGGAAUCCAAUUAACGAUUUUCUUUUACAAGAGAAGGGGAAUCAAUUAUUAAAUGAAGUUGCAUCGACGUCGUUUGCCGGAAGUAGGGGAUGGAUUCAAAAAUUUAAAAAACGGUACGGUAUUAAAUUGGCGUGGGCGCAUGGGGAACAGGGAAGUGCAGACGCGGAAAGUGCGGAAGAAUUUAUCACAUCAUUCGUGAACCGAUUGGAGGAAGAGGACAUCGACGCGAAUCGAAUUUAUAACAUGGAUGAAACAGGCCUACUGUGGAAGACGCUCCCAUCGAAAUCGUUAAUAUCUAAUGAAGAAGGACCAUUGACGGGGAAAAAAAUAAGGAAGGAUAGAAUAUCUAUUGGACUGUGUGCCAAUGGAAAUGGCACGCAUAAACUGCCACUUAUUUUUAUUAAUAAGUAUAAGAAUCCACGCGCGCUCCGGAAUUGCAACGAAUUGCCUGUGAUAUACCGAUCACAGAAGCAAGCAUGGAUGACUGGCGACAUUUUUAGGGAGUGGUAUGAAAAGUGCUUCAAAACGAGUGUUCGGCAAUAUCACUUAGAGCAGGGAAUAUCCGGGAAAGUAAUAUUAUGCGUGGACAAUUGUUCCAGUCAUCGAGGCAUUCAAAACGAAGAUAAUUUUGAACUUAUGUAUCUGCCACCGAACACAACAUCAUUAAUUCAGCCUAUGGACCAAGGCGUAAUUGCCAAAUUUAAAGUAUUGUACCGCCAUAAAAUCCUCCGUCGUAUUUUACAAUAUGAAAAAGGUGUAACCGAUUUUUAUAGAUUAUUCAACAUUAAAGAGUGCAUUAAUUUUGUGGAAGAAGCAUGGACGAACAUCACGGCUAACAAUAUAAGAAAUAGUUGGAACAAAAUUCUUGGACGAGAUGGAAGGGAAGGGGGGAUCGAAGAAGACGAAAAUGCACGCGAAUUAGAUGUUUCGGUUCAUUCGGCUCUUAGUGAUGUUAUACACACAAUAAGCGGGGAAAGUACCACUCACGAAGAAUGUCAAGAAAUGUUAGAAGCCUUGACCAAUGACGAAAAUGUUAACGAGCAAAAUAUGGACGAAGUUUUAACUCAAGAGGAGGAAGAAGAGGAGGAAGAACAGGAGGAAGCAGAAAAAGUGAACGAGCACGAAGAACAGAAUAGAAUGGAAGAAAUAGAAGAUGGAGUGGCAGAAAGCGAAAAACAAAAUGAAAUUGAAGAAAACAAGAAGGAGUUAGCUGCCUUCGAAAAUACUAUUAAAAAAUUCGCAAAGGGUAAUCCAACAUUAUUAGCAUUGGGAGUCGUCUUGAAGCACGGGUUAGAAAUGGAAGCGCUACCAAAAAAGAAGGACAAUAAUUAA